AUGGAUCUUCUCUCCCUCCUCUACCCCCCAAAAGUCAUGGACGUCGACGACUCCCCCGCCUCCCCUCCUCCCUCAGCCCCCGCCCUCGAGAAGGCCCCCCGCCCCUACAAAUGCCCUUAUCCCCUCUGUGGCCGGGCCUUCAGUCGGCUGGAGCACCAGACUCGACACAUUCGCACCCACACCGGCGAGAAACCGUUUGAAUGCACCUUCCCUGGCUGCGAAAAACGCUUUUCCCGCUCCGAUGAGCUCACCCGGCAUUCCCGCAUACACACCAACCACGAUGCGUCGCAUUAUGUCGGCGCCGCAGGCUCGAGCCACCCCGGCUCAAGCAAGUACUCGGCCGGGUCCAGUGCCGAUGCCGACUAUCUGCACGCACGGGAGUCGAGCAUGCGCAUCAAGAAGAAGGCAAGGAGCCGUGCCAACAGCGACGACGAGGUGGGCAGCACUUCCCUUCGCACCACAUCCCAUGUCAUAUCUUGUUCUCGGCCGUCUCAUUCAUCCGUCUUUUUUCAGGAUGAAUCAUACGCCAGACCCACCGCACUUUACUCCCCCGACUCCACCGCGUACGACCGACCUUCGGCACGCUCCCGGGCCGGCCCGCCGAGCGACCGCCAUCUUCCCCCUGCCUCAGGUCCCAACGCCCUUUCCGCCUUAUCGAGCGUUGCCAUGGAGGAGUUGUACGCUCUGGAGCGAAGCGAGGCGUUGCGGAGAGCCGAGUUCGAGGUGCGCCAUAUGGAGAUGCUCCGUCGUGCCGAGUACGAGGCCCGCCAUGCCGACAUCUUGUCCGCUCAUCGGUUAACCAAGAGCGCAACCGCUACACCCCUCGCCACCCCAUACUUCUCGUCCUCAUCGUCGCACUACGCUGCAGAGGAAGGUGGAUACUUCGGCACCUCCCGCGAGCGUGACUCGCACCGCGACGAUGAAGACGCGAGCUCCUGGCAUGCCCCGCCCUCCUCUGGACACGCCGUCGAUGGCGCGCACUCACACCCUCGCCACGCGCCCUCGCAGGGACACCACAGUCAUGGAGCUUGGUCACAUCCCUAUCCCCAUCCUGCCGCACAUCGCCCGCACCUUCACCCUGGCCACGAGGACUCGCCUUCACCCAUUAGCUCCGAUUCUGACUCGAUGCACCCUAUUCACUCGCCUGCGGUUCCUCACCAGGGUCCGGUAGAACGCUCUCCGUACGCGACGGGUUCUCGAACACCGGGCGGCACUGAGUACGCGUACACGCCGUCGACUAGCCCCUUUCUCGGCGGACUGCGUACGCUCAACAUUCACUCCAGCGGCCCUCGCGUGCGCCCUCGCCCUUCCGGUUACCCCCUGCGUCUAUGGACAGCCCCUGGUGUCAUGAGCGGCCGCAUGGCGAAGCGUAGCAGCUCUGGCGACCUCGUGGCGUAUGGCGCGUCGCAUGGAUUCUCUUCCGACCACUUCUCGAUGCCGCCGCCGAGCUUCCAUAUCCCGUACUCGAGCGACCGUACGUCAACGACCUCGUUGCCGACACCCCAGCUCUCCAGCGGCCCUAGCAGCAGCGGCAGCAGCCCCAGGAGCCGGACGCAAUCGAUCAUCGUUGUCGAUGGGGGUAGCGCGUCGCCACACCAUCACCACCACCAUCACGCCCACCUGGCACACUCUGUGCGCGCUGCGUUCGGCAUGACGCCCAUCCAUCCCCUCGGUGCCGUGUCGCGCUCGGGUUCCCCGCCUAUCAAGCUUCCACCGCUCAACCUGCCGUCGUCGCCGUCAUCACCACUCAAACGUCCGGAUGCGCUCGACAAGGAUUCUCGCAGACGGAGCUUGGACGGGGCCGUGAGUGAUCUGAGCCUGCGCGAGCACGACGCGAAGCAGAAGGUCGAGCUCCCAGGGCUUGGAGCGUAG